AUGACCCACCAGCUGAAACGACGACGGUUGAUUGCUCAACCCAAUACCGUGGUAGACGAUGACACUGGGUGUUUGGAUGACUCAUGCCCACCGGCAUCGAGACUGGAGAUGGAUGGUUGGAACGGCUUCUGUGAGCUUGAAUCGGAACCUGCUAUUUUUAAUGUCAUGCUCCGAGAGUUUGGAGUGAAAGGAGUCAAGGUUCAAGAAGUCAUAUCGCUCGAUGAGGAAAUAAUGGCAACUCUUAAUAAGCCCGUCUAUGGCCUGAUCUUUCUAUUUCGUUGGCGGGAGGACGAUCCAGAUAAGCAAGAAGCAAGCUGUCCAGAGGGCCUCUGGUUUGCCAAUCAGACAGCCAGUAAUGCUUGCGCUAGCGUGGCUCUCCUAAACAUUGUGAACAAUGUUGAGGACAUUGAUCUUGGAGAAAAUCUGCAACACUUCAAAGACUUCACCAUGCCGUUCACGCCUGCAUUGAGGGGAGAUGCAAUCAGUAACUUUGACUUUGUCAAAAGAAUACACAAUUCAUUCGCGAGGAAAAUGGACAUGCUUAGCUCCGACUUCCAGCUCAAGGCCGAAGCCACAUCGAAGCGAAGUCGCUCCGCCAAGAACAGAAAUGCAGAGGAUGAAACAGAUGCGGGUUUCCACUUCAUUGCCUUCGUUCCUGCCUUGGGUAAGGUCUGGAAGUUUGACGGUUUAGAACGCCAACCCCAGGCGCUUGGCCCUUGCUUACCGGAGGAUGAUUGGCUGAAUCUAGUGAAGCCCAACAUUCGCAUCAGAAUGGAGGAAUACGAAGAAGAUCAGAUUGAGUUCUCCAUCCUGAGUAUUGCUAAGGAUCCACUUCCGGAGCUCGUUGGUCAAUUAGAAGUCAAUGUAAAGAGCCUAGAAACCAUUGACAGGUGCAUAAAGGCAAGUGCAGAGGGGCCGCCCGACCUUGGGUCGACCAUUAUCACAGAUUCCAUGCUCGGAACUACUGUUCUGGGCCCUGAUGAAAACUAUACACUGACGAGGACAAUGAUUGACCAAUCGUCUAUUCCUACAGCACAGAACAGCGAGUAUCAAACAUUCUCGAUGGAAGAAUUCAUUCAGCACCGGCAGCGGUUAAGCCAUGCUCAACAGAAUCUCCGGGUAUUGAUCCGAGAGGAGCAACAGUCCCAACAGGCAGAUGAUGACUAUGCAGAAGGCCGAAGAUAUGACUAUGACCCCGCCGUCCGAACAUGGCUACGAUUCUUAGCACGGAAGAAAAUCAUCGAGAACUUGCUGUGACGCCGCUGGAAGACCGUCAUGUGGUUCUUGAUAUCUCUCUCGUAGCCUUCCCGAGGAAUGAUGUUGUGUGUGACCUGGAGAACGUGAAAUGGCCACCGACAAAUGCGGAUGACCGCAUAGACAUACCCAAUAUAUACCAUUUCCGGCGUGUGGUUAUCUUCUACACUUUCCUGUCGGGUCAGGGAGCUGAUGACCUAGCGAUUAAGGUAGCGGUAUGUAUGUAUCUACAUGGAAGCCAUGAAGGCAGCCUGGGACGCCAGACCAUACAAAUGAGGCAAGGCAAUAGAUCAUUGUUAUUGACGGAUGCGUAUAAGGGAGACGUCGACUACUGGCAGUAGGUAGCAGAUAGGUGGAAGUGUGGGUGUACCUCCAGGAACCUAUUGAAGGCCAGACAGGGAACCCCGUGAUGCGCCGAUUGGAUAACCGUUCGCG